AUGUCAUUGGUGGACCAGGUGAAAACUAACUUGACGUAUUAUAAUCUCUGGAAUGAAACAAAAGUAAUAGAGUUUAAAGAUGGCCUGAAAAUCAUUGCAGGAGUUCCCCCAGAACCAGUACACCCAAUUCCAAGCAUCAUCACCAUGGACCCAAACCAAGAUCUUGAAGGAAACCAUGUUGAUAAUAAUAAUAAUAAUAAUAAUAAUAAUAAUAAUAAUGCUAUUAAUAAUAAUAAUGAAAUGGAGGUAGAGCAAAGUUCAGGAGUACAAAUACCACAGCUGCCAAAAGUAGAAUACGUCUACCCAGUAGGGUUGAAUGAAAAGAUCUCGUUGAAACAGGUAUCGCAAAUAUUUGAAAAUUUGCAAAUUGCAUUGAAUCAGCGACCAAAACGGAUCACCUUGGGUGUCGUUGCCAAUGAUGGGACUAUUGUUUAUUACUUUGUUCAUGAUGGGCUUGCCAAGCCAAAGAAAAAUUAG